AUGACUAAACAAAACGCAGAUGAAGUCCAUUACAUCGAAGGUGUUUCAUCGUUUAGUGAAUCAAAUGAUUAUAACUGCAUAUUUUUCCUUACAAAACAAACUUCGAAAGCAAAAAGAUUAGCUAUCUACUUAAAUGUUUACGAUUCGAAUAAUUCAGUUGAUCCAUAUGAUGAGUAUUUCGCUUUAGAGUCUGUUAUUGAUGUAAGUAUCGGAAAUACGAAAACUAGAAUCCAUAGAUCUUAUUCUUCUAUACCAUAUGGCCGAACAGAGUUAAUGACUACCACGGGAAAUAACAUUUCUCACGUAAUCGGACAGAUUUUUCUUACAGGAAGAUUCAGAAACACAACAAAAAUACAAAUUAUCGAAAUUCAUAACAGUAUUCGUUUUGAACGUCUUUCAUAUAUAAUUUCCAAAGCAUUUAGCUUUGAAUGUUCCAUAGUUUUAUUCCUUUUCGCUUUUUUAUUAGCAAAUAAUUACAGCCCAAUAGAGCCUACGCAAAUUCUUGCGUUACUACUCAUCGCAUCUACGACAAUACUACUCCUUUUGUUCAAUAAUUAUCACACAGCUUUCAUGCAUGCAGUAGAAUUAUUUUUCAAGGGAGAAACUCAGUCGCUAACAUAUUUGACAUUAUUUGCGAUAUCUACAACAUACAUUCCGAGCUCAAAAACGAUUCCAAGUUUGAUUAUUGGAGUUAUUUUUAUUAUAUCCGACGGAAUCUUUUUAUUGACAUCAGAUUCCUUAGUACUAGCCAGAUUGUUUGAUAGUAACUAUGCGAUCUGGAUGUUUUUCUUUGCUGCAUCUAUUGUUUUUAAGAUAACAAUGCUAACAAUGACGAUGCACCAUCUUAUUUUUGCCUAUUUCCAGGCGUCUACCUCUCAGAAAACCAAUAUAUUUAUUACUAUUGUAAUUCUUAUCAUUGUUGCCCUUCCAAAAAUGAUUUCCAUCGCGUAUGUCGCCAAUGAGAACUUGUCUGUUAGUUCAAUAUCAUUCCUCUCUGACUAUAUUAUACAGGCUGUCGGAGCAAUUUUGAUUAUCGGAAUUGUUUGGCCGACAAUUGAUUUUGACGCGAGCAGUGGAGCAACAAUUAAGAGAGCGAAGAGUCAGGAAGACCUUGUUGAGUUGUUUGGUUCUUCCCAAUUAUUAGAUUUAUAA